UCUUUUCAGGUUCGAGUCUUUGUGUCAUUAAGCCACGAAGAUCAGUCUUCAGUUGUUCAUUCACCUUCCGCCGUGUGGGCAGAGUCCAUUAGUACAGCUGGAUUUCAGUUAUGCUCGCGUUCAACAGGUUCUACAAAUGACACUGGAAUUAUCAACUGGGUAGCAUUUCAGGACAAACCCAUGUUAACGCAUGGAAGCGUUACUUUUAGUGGAAUAUGGACAACAGAAACCAAGUGUGAGAAGGUGGCCUUUUCUCAGGUUAGAUAACAAUAAUUGAUAACAAGUGUAUAAUUUUGUUAUAAAGGUGUAAAACGUAAUUAAAUAGUGGAAACAAAUGAAAUAGUAUCAGAAAGUAUAGUUCUAAAACAAAUGAUCUCUAGUUCAAUAUCCGGAACUUGUUCUUAUUGGAUAAUCGGACCUAUCAAAGUGCGUUGCUAAAAGUCUUGUUAAGCUUCCUCUCGGGCUUUGAUUCAACUUUUCCUUCUAUCGCCUUUAGACAAGCCAUUUUCACGUUUUACUUUAGAACAUAGUUAAUUGAGUGGAAUGGUUAUGAAACCCGUUAGACUCCUUUGUUAUAAGUUUUUGUGGACCUGAAAGUGCACAACGUUCAAAAGCAUUCCUGUCAUUUUGAUUGUUUUGACCAAUAAAAACGUUUCAUUAAUUUAUUCUGUAACAAUUUGCCAACAGAAAACAAAGGAUUGUGCGCUUUCUGGGUGCUUCUAACAUAAACUGCAGCACUGUAAAUUGUUUUUAUCAUUGAUGUUUGCCGCUUUUCAUAACCAGUCUCCUCUAAUAACUAUGUUUAGAAGUAGUGAUUGAAUAAUGCUUGACCGUUUUGAUUGUAUUGAUGUAUCAAAGGGAAUUGGGAAAAUAGAAGUCUAUUUAUUUAAUGAUGUUAAAUUUUUGGCAGUAAACCUAACAAAGUUAGCCGAACAGAAACAUUGCUGUUAGUAGCUUUAUUUAAGUAAUGGGCCAAAUAAGAUGCAUUCAACAACCUUUUCAACAUUUCGUAGAAAGAGGUGAAGAGGGGUAGAAAAUUGAGUCCAUGUAAAUAGACAACUAGUCAAGAUUUAAUUAAUCUGCUCACCUUAGCCUUUGAUAAAUCCUUAAUUUCAAUUAAGUGUAUGUGCCGCUGAGCACUUCAUUGAUACGAUCAUGUUGAUUUAUAUCUCGAGAAGCCUUUUUAUUUUUUAGUCAAUAGUUUUUCCUAUAUCUAACAUUUUUUUGCAGAACUUUGCUUCCAAGCCUCGUGUAUUUGUCUCUGUUAAGUACACUCGCAGUACAAAGCCAAAUGACGCUAUGUACUUAUGGUUAGAAAACGUCAAUUCUGGAGGAUUUGAAGUGUGCUUAAGGGAAUUCUUGCCCUUUGAUGGAAAGCACCAAGAUGCAGCUGUGGUAAGUGAAGAAAAAUGCUCAAGUAAACUAUAAUAUUGAUGAAAAAUAAAUAAAUAAAUAACUUGACUUUGCCACACUUCGGCAGCCCGGACAACCAAUUACCUAGAUCGUUCGUAACACAAUUAAGGUCAGUGUCCUGUCUCACGUGUCUCAUGCAGUCAUUUCUUGUUAAAGGAAGUGUCGUUCGAUGCCUGACGCAACUGGUCUUGCAAAUUAAACAUUAUUUUCUUGUCCACAGGACUGGUUCGCAUUCACUGGAAAUGGCAGUCAACUUAAUUUCACAAUAACUGGAGAAGAAAUCUUUCCAAACAGUGGAAAUCCAUCGGCCAAAAACAACUAUGGCUUCUGUCAGGUGAAAACUUUAGUUCCAACGAGAACAUUUAGCAAGCCACAGGACAUUUUCAGUGGUUGAGGUCACAGUAGAGAAAACUUAAUAUAGUAAACCUAAAUUUACCAGGCCAUGGUGAUCGACAAUGUAUCCAAAAUGGCAAUUCCCAGAUGAACGCGACAUGCUUAUCUCGCGACUUGAAUGUGCGCAUAUUUUGGGGUUUUUAAAUUUCGCGACUUUGCAAGAAUUUUAUAUUUCGAAUCACUUCAAUUUCGCGUUGUUGAGUGGGCGAAUAUUAGAAGCGGGGACCUUACAGACGAUGGGCAAAAAUAGAGGGAGAAGUGAGCGCGUUCACAUCCAUUUACUAACCUACAUUCCUUUUUUACCUAUUUACAGGAAGUACCUUUCAAUACGACCUUUUACAAAUCGCCAAUUGUGAUUCUUUCCGUAAACCAUGAGUAUAAUCUUCAGGUCAAGGGAAGCCGUCUUCCAGAAAGUAAUAUAAUAUCGUCCUGGGUUGAGGUAGGUUUGAAUUUUUAUUCUAACCUGAGAAAAAAGCCGGCAUUUCACGCUACGCCACCACUAGUUUUUCCACAAAAUGACGUCUGAUGAACGACGAUAGCAAAAAUUGUAUACUAAUGAUGUGUCAACUGGGCAUGCAGUGCUUCUGAUUGCGGCACGACCAAUCAGGAGCAGUAUCUUGAUCUGGGAAGUGCAAAGUCAUCAUUAUGGGAUUUCUUCACUCGUUCCACAGACGUCUUUUCAACCAGCAGUAAUUAAUUGCGUCGCGAAAUGGGGUUUUCCUCACUGGAUAAUAUUCUUGUUCAAUAAGGGAAGAGAAGUAAUCCGUACAUUCUAGUAAAUUGAUAAAAGGACCGUGAAAGAGCCAUAAGAAACAGAUAAUUUGGAUCUGAUCCGUAAAUUUCAUGACUUGUAUUGUCGUCGUAGAAAUUAAGAAGAAAUUAUGGAUUUUCUAGUAACUGAUGAGUGCUAUCACAUUUUGCUGUAGGACGUUGGAUUAGAAUCUAUGAAGAUAUGCGUUAAAGACCUCAGUGGAUUAGGAUCGAGUCAUGAUCCCUUGAUUGUCAGCUACGCUGUUACUGGAGGUUGUUAUUAAUUUUCCUAUUGUAAUGAUCACUAUUUCUAGAAUUAUUAUUAUUAUUGCAUUUUUUGUAUUUGCAGAUUUUAUCUCUUGUUUGCCCCCUGAGAAACCACGCAACAUUGCUUUAAUUUAUUCCAUCAGCCUUAAGCGCGUGCAAAGAUGGCGGUAUGGUUAAUAAGGUCUUCUAACGAUAAAAAUAAUAGGUUGAGUUGCCUGUAUGCAAACAUGUCAUUACUAUUUAGUUUUAAUUCAAAUAUGAAAAAUAUGUUAGAAAUUUAUGUUUUUUCCGAAUGGAUAACUACUCAACAUUAUGUUUUUUUUCUUGCUGCAGAUCUUAAUCCUUGCCUUAAUGUGCAAUGCCCUCGAUUUGGAGUCUGCAGGACCUACAGUGCGCAUGACGCUCAGUGUGAGUGCGAUGACCAAUGCCCCUCAUAUAAAGACCCAGUGUGCACUGCGAACGGAACAACUUACGACAACCGAUGCUGGCAUAAGUUAAGCUAUUGCAAAGGACUCGAAAAUAAUCUGGUCUAUCACCCAGGAAGCUGUGAAGGUAACGAAAAAUGAUUUCAACGAUUUUUUUGGGUGUAUAUGCCACAUAAAAUAGUCUGGGAGUUAAGCUCUCGAUCGCUUAGAAUUAUAGUUGUUGGCUCAAAAUUGCAUUCAAUUUGGCUUCUAGCUAUAGGAUGUUUAUAACUUUCCGUUACUUUUAAGCUCAAUUCUAGCUCCUCACGCAGGCUAAGCAACAAUAGACAGCUGUAACAAGUUACUUCGUCUCUCUACUUUGGCAAACAAACAUAUAGCAGCCCAGACUAUAGCCGAUGUUUGAUCUGUGUAAGAUCUUUUAUUCUCUUUUGCCUUGCAAUCUAGUUUUUAUCGCUUAAAAUUAGAUUUACACAAAUUUGCUCGGGGCAAAUAUGGUUCAAAAAAGUGCAAAAGAGGAGGAAAUCAAAGACAAGGGUGGUAAAUAUCACAUUUACAUACCAGUUUACAUGGAGUUGCAUAUUUGAGGGCAAAUGCAGUAUUUAUUAUCUUUGCCCAUGAUUUCAGCCUCUUUUGCACUUUUUUUUUGCACCCUAUUAGCACUGAGUAAAUUUGCUGAAAAUCAAAUAUUUCGCGCAGUGGCGAGCGCUCCCACGCGUACAUGUCAUCAGGUACGCUUUUGAUUUAUAAUUUUUUUGUUGGCCUCCUCCAGUACUGCAUAUGUUUAUCUUUACACUGGCAUAUGUUUAUCUUGGGCACUGAAACCAGCAACCAGCAUGCAAUAAUAAGCAGCCACUAUACAUUUCGUUGUUGAAAGGUAGCCGACAUUGCAAGUUAUAGCCUAGUUUUAGUUCAAUUUCCACGCUUUUUUUGUCACCACCCUUCACCUGACUUAGAGUUACACUACAACGCAAGCUGACUACGACCUUAGCGAUAAUGCUUAAAGAGUACAAUGAUGCUUCCUUUUAAAGUACUUAAUUUAUUAUAAAACAGGUUUUCCAAUUGUACGGGGCCGUAUAGAUCUGUUACAGGUUCCAAAAUGGUCAGAUUCAAACUGUCAGACAGUCACAUUUCCUCCAUACCGGUUUUAUCCCGAUAAACAAGUUCAUGUUCAAAUAACCGUCAAUCACAUGAAGCUGAAUGACUCUGUGACAGUCCACGACGCUGUUACUUCAUGGACAGAAAGUAUCAACACAAAAAACUUCACCGUCUGUGUCAUGCAAACCGGGAGGAAAGAAGAAGGUGCGAAUCCAUUUGCCACCAUUGAUUGGGUGGCUUAUCAAGGUGCACCGCCCGAAGGAUUGACGGGAACGGUUGAGUUGCAGAAAUGGUGGUCUGGUACCAAAUGCGCAGAUGUGACUUUUCCUACGGUGAGAGAUUAAUUGAUGCAAGUCCCCAAGGCAAAUGUUAGACUUUCGUUCAUCAGACAGCUUUAAUCCACACCGUCUUUAAAUUAAAAAAUAACGGAUCUUUACGACUAGGAAGAAAAGAGACGAUUGCUACAAUAAAUAACAAGGCAAAGUUAGGUUAUAAAUAAGAAGGGGAACUUACUCAGUGAUUAGUUGCGUGUAAUUUUGCAGCAACAUUCAUCUUAAUAUGACUUCAGUUGUUGUUAUUGUGUUUUUUUGGUUUUUUCUUCAGGGCAAGUUUGCUGAGGCGCCAAUAGUCCUUGUGACGUCAGAGCACCUGAGGACUGGUAAAGAGUAUGAUGCUGCUCUCAUUUGGAUUGAAGACGUAACUAAGGACUCAGUUAAAGUCUGUCUUCGUGAAAUGCAAAACUUUGACGGUAGACACCAAGAUAUCACUGUGGUACGUUCUAAGUGAUUUUCUUAGAAACUGGAACGCAAAUGUCUGCAAAAUUUGUGAGGAUUGUUGGUCUGUUAACCAUAACAGCGCGGUUAAGAUGAAAUGGCGUUGAUAGCUUUAAAGAUCGUCCGGGCGAGUGAUGGUUCAGUCGAAAGAAGGGAACUGCAGAAAGAAAAACAUAAAAAGAAACAGAAAUAUAAUAAUAAUGAAAAGAAGAAAAAGAAGAAAAAAAAAACUGAAUAUCAUCAGAGGGAGUGAAUUUUAAAUAGCACACAAAUUGGUCUGCCUUUUCCCCAUGUUUCCCUUCCUGACGUUUUUACGCGAUUCCCCCUAUGUCGUAAAAAAUUGUGGAUUUGCAUCCUUUCCUUGACUUUCUGCGCUCUUUGUUAAUUCUAAUCUCGUACCCAGAUCUCCCACGGCCAGUGUAAAACAGAGUGAGAUCUGGGUACGAGAUUAUGUUAGUUCACCAAUUUAUAGAGUUCAAAAUGCUUAGGUUCACUGAAAGGGCCUUAAAAAUGCAGUUGAUUUUAAAUAAAUUUUCUGUGGGUAUAUUACGAAACUGUUACAAGUAUGAGUGGCAUCAUUUUUGUUUUUUUCCUCUUUUCACAGAACUGGUUUGCCUUCUCCAAACUGCACAAGCCUCUUUUCACUGAACAUGGUGUCAUAAGUUUUCCAAAUACGAACCCACCUUCGGAUAAAAUGAACAAUGCUUACUGUGAGGUGAGAAAAGAAUUCUUUGCAAAAUUAUAAGCAUAAGCGUGCUAUUCACAGGAUUUUCCCUCACAAAUAUUUAGCUUACUUACAUCACUGUUUAUAUCUUCAAAGCACUUAUAGUCAUUAUACACUGUGCGUGGUAGAGAUCAAAUUAACCAGAAAAGCUAAGAAGCUGGUCCACAAAAUAGUGUUUGAAAAACGUUAAUCAAAAUAUUAAAAGGGCAGUUCGUUCUGUUAAAAUAAUUAAUCGCAAAUAUUGUUUGUCCAAUCGUGACUUCAAAAAUAAACACAACCGAAGGUAACUACAUUUAAAGGAAACAGUGUUAAACGUUGUAUGUUUCUCUUCCAUGGCAGUUCGUCACAUUCACGAGAGCUUAUAACUCGACUCCGACAGUCCUUGUCUCAGCCAAUCACAGCACGACAGUAUCUGGAAAUUCAGCACCGAUCCACAACGGAAUCACAACUUGGAUCGAGGUAAAAGUUUCCGUCAUGGGGCGAAUGUGUAGGGAUGUGUCCUGGCAAAAAAAAUUCAAACCGAAGCUCGACGAAAGAUAAAACUGAACGGAGUCACGCUUGAGGCGAUAAUAGAAGUGGCUCAAAAAAGGACCAAGAAAAUUUGAGAUUGCUUAUUGGCUAACUUCAUGUUUUCGAUCGCGAAUAUAAUUAUGUAGGUAUUAUUCAUUAAAGUUAGAAUAAUAUCUUUAAAUACUCAGGCGCCGCGGUGGUCUCAAACUUUAGAUCUGACAGUACGGGUUUAAACGUUACCGUAUUUUUUUUCAUGGAACAAGAAAUCAUUUGCUGUCUUCAUCAAACUGUUUGGGCCUUAUAGCUCCUGCGCCACCAUCAUACCCCUUAUUAGGGUAAAAAGGAUAUUUUGGAUAACAUUUGAACCUUUUAAUUCUUUAAGCUUUUAUAACUUUUUUUAUUUCUAAACCUUCCAAUCUUUUAAUUUUCUAGCGGUCUUUGCAAGCUUUCAUCAAACCACGGUUUUCAGUUGGCGAAUCUGUUUGCAUUUCUAUGUCACAUAAAAAGGUGUAGGAGAAAGGUUUAAUUUCAGAGACUAUUCUAACAUUCACUCCACGUUAAUCCAGUUGUUUAUGGUUACAACUGCAUAAAAUGUACCAGCUACGUUAAGUGUUUAUUUUUUCAGAACAUGAAUACCUCUGCAUUCAGAGUCUGUGUCAAGGAAUUAUACGGGACCAGAUACGACCCCUUGUCCGUCAGUUAUGCUGUGCUCACAGGUCUGUAAUAAGUACUGAACUCAUUUAUGAAGUAGUUUUUAGCAAACAUCUUACCCGAUUCAUGAGGAAUUAUAAAUACUUUGGAAGUGCUCUAAACUAACACAAGCAUAUGGUUUGCGAGUCAUGCCGAGUGAGAGUCAAGAGAGUAACAAAAUUCCAGUCGCUUUUUGUUCAAAUUUUCUACUUUCGAUUCCCCAUUUACUGCUAGCAGCAGGGUACCAUUUUGAAGUUCUUGUCUCAAAGAAAUUAGGGACCUUAACAUGUGAGGACGGCGACGGCAGGUAAAACGUCGCUUAAAAAGUGAAUUCGGGGUUUUCAAUCCUCAUCGUGAUUUUUCCAUCUCGCUUACUUUGUCGAAAGUACGCUACUCCUCCUGAAGUUGAAUUCCUAAGAGCCUUGACGUUAAGCCGAGAAAGAGAAGGAAAAUUUCGUCGUUGUUUGUUUACGUCCUCUAAAAAACAUGAAACUAGGCAUUUUCACGUUGUAGUCGUGUAGCGACUGCUAAGAAAUGUAGAAAAAAGCGUGAUGGCACGUGCAUAGUUGUUGUUUUACUAUAAUUAAACCUAUUGCUUUUUGGCCGUUCUCAUUGCCGUCGCCGUCGUCGGAUCUUAAGGUCCCUAAUAACUCAUAAUGACAGAAGAGCUCAGUUGCCGAAAUGAAAACCAUUAUGCAUCGAACAACGUUAAAAGUUAGUUUUGCUUCAGAAUUUUUACUCUAAUUUGAUAAAGUGAUUCCUCUUUUAUCAUUGUGACACGACUCCUACUCUCCUUCAAGAUAAAAAUAAUGAUGAUGGUCUACUCGUUGCCCCGAAAAAAAUGUUAAUCAUUUUUAAAUAUAUUUUCUUAUCACCCUUGCAACAGUACUCCUACAAAAGUGCCACUAAGAAUAAUUUAUAUCUAUCAAUCCGACCAUAAUCAUAUUUAUUAUAUAACAAUUUAUAUAUCAGCAAUCUAAAUCUUUUCCCCUUUUUACCUUUUGUUAGAUAUUUGUGAUCCUGGAUGGAACUAUUUCAACGGCUUUUGCUAUUUCACAAGUAAGACUUGUCAAAAUUGGACCACAUCACUGGCUAAAUGCCGACAAGAAAACUCAGUUCUUGUUGAUGUCCAAAACAAUGAAGAAAAUGUGUUUUUACAGCAUCUUCACAAUGGAGCAAAAUCCUGGCUGGGAAUGAAUGAUAUUUUCACAGAGGGCUCCUUUACUUGGGCAGAUCGUGGUAAUGGGAACUUUACAGCUUGGGCCAAAAACCAACCCAACAAUUUUCGAGAUGAAGACUGUGUACAUACACUUGGUGUUGAAUACAAAUACGAAUGGAAUGACGUGAAAUGUAGUGACUAUCAUCAGUAUACUUGCAAGAAAGGUAUAGUUUUUCAUGUAUGUUUACAUGUAAGGUUAUGGUCAUAA